AUGUUGUUCCAGAACCUCCUUCUCGUCUCCUCCAUGGCUCUUUCGGCCGCUGCCGGCUCUUACAACGGCACCUCUGCCGCCGCUGCUAUCCAGCAGCGGUUCCAUGAGCUCGACCUCGGCUACAAGUACACGACGACUCUCAUCGGUCACAUUGCCGCGAAGACCGAGUCUGUCACUGCCGAUGAUGUCGUCUCCACGUACAACCAGACCGCUCACGCCGAAGACAAGAACCUGAACAUGAAGCAACCCACCGCUGCCUUCCCCGAUGCCAUCCAGCUUGUUCUCUGCGAAUCUUUCCAUACGCUCACUCUGAACGGCAUCGAACUAAACAACGCUUUCACCGACAACGCCGAUCUUUUCAACAAGGACCAGCGGAACGCUCUGCAGGACGCGUUCACCAAAGUCAACGACGAGACUGGCAGCUUCUUCAUUCACGUCGCCAAGGUCGCCCUGCCUGAAUGUCUGGCUUCCCUGAAAGCCGACAGCUCCGGCAUCUACAAGUCGUUUAGCAUGGUCGUCCGCGCUUUGGACCCCGCCGACGCUUCCUCGUAA